AUGCCAAAGUUACGCCUCAACCUAUCGAAAGACAAGCGCGAACGCAUUUGCAGUCAUCGUUGGAGUUGUAAAGAAAUAUGUGCCAAUUACUGGUGGACAGGUGGAGAUUCCUCUCAUACUACUGUUAACAUAAUUUUGACUCAACCUACCUACAUAUCUAUCUAUCUAUCUAUCUAUCUAUCUAUCUAUCUAUCUAUCUAUCUAUCUAUGUUUUCUAUUCUUUAUCCUUCUUUCCUUUUAUUCCCGCCGAAAAGUGAACGAAUCGAAGACUUACAAAUAGAAGCAUUGAAGCACAACUUGAAUAAAUAUGAAUUUUACCGUUUUCUCUUUUCCAAUGAAUAUCACCAGCUUAUCCAUUUGCUUCUUUUUUUUCUCGCCCAUUCCUAUUCACAUGUGAAUAUAAGUGGCAUGUCGCCUCUUCAACAGUUAAAAAGAGCAGAGAUAUUAGAAGUGAAUUCGGAUGAUGAAUGUUCAAUAUUAACUCGCAUCUAUCUAUCUAUCUAUCUAUCUAUCUAUCUAUCUAUCUAUCUAUCUAUCUAUCUGCAUUUCCUGAAAUCGUAA